AAAUCAAAACAAGGAAGUAAUUGAUAAGGAAUUUGCUAUGUCAAAAAAGAAACUAAAUAAAACCACAAACGUUUCGGUUGCACAGAAGGACAGACAUGCAACACAAGAAAACAUGAAAUACCAAGAAAGUUUGAUUGUGUUUUAUUUAUCUAUUGCUGCUUUGAUUGUAGCCAUAUGUGUAGUGCCAUUAUCUGCAGAAAUGUACAGCAGCUCUGACUUUCAACUUCAGAAACAUCGUUCACUGAAGAUGGACGAGGCAUUACUGAAAGUCAACAAUGAGCUGACAACUGAUGUGACUGUAAGCUGGACUUCUCAGGAAUGUUACCAGUGUCUAUAUCAACAUCUUGGAGCCGUAAGUGCAGCGCUCAGUCCUGGCCAACCUAGUUCAUCAGAAUUUAUAGUGAAUACACAGCAUGGACUUACAAUAAUGGUUAAUGCGACUUCAGCCCAGCAGCUUUGCAGAGCGCUCACAUUUCACUUUGGAGAGCAAGGAAAUUACUCCCUUUGGAUAAAAGAUCUGAAUAAUAGCUCAGAAGCCGACUGUUCCAUAGUGACAGAUGGAAAACCGGUGAACAGCUACACUCCAAUCCUAAUAGCCUUCUUUAUCCUCACUGGGUUGGCCUUACUUUUUGCUAUCGGAAAAACACUGUUGGGACUUGAAGCAGUGAGAAGAGUUUUCUUUCAACUGACAGGUUCUAUGGAAACUGAGCGGUUGAUCAACUCUGAACUUGGCUCUCCUGGCAGGACAGUUACUACAGUCACUGACAACAUCUUGCCUCCUCCUCCAAGCCCAAGCAAGAGACUUCGAUCGCUAGAUACUUUCAGAGGUAUUUCGUUAACUAUUAUGGUAUUUGUGAACUAUGGAGGAGGGAAAUACUGGUUCUUCAAACAUUCAAGCUGGAACGGUCUUACUGUGGCCGAUCUGGUGUUUCCUUGGUUUGUAUUCAUAAUGGGGACAUCUACUGCCCUGUCAAUCAACAUGCUGCUGCGUUCAGGCUCCUCUCGUUCGUCUCUGCUGAAGAAGGUUCUGUGGAGGACCCUGCUGCUCUUUGUCAUCGGGGUCGUCGUCAUCAACCCAAAUUACUGCCAAGGACCUUUGUCCUGGGAAAACCUGAGGAUUCCCGGCGUGCUGCAGCGUCUGGCCUGGUCCUAUCUGGUGGUGGCGUGUUUGGAUUUAUUAGUAGCAAGAGCUCACCUCGAUAUAAUUACUACGGAUACUUGGUGGUCGCCCGUUUUGGAUAUUUUACUUUACUGGCCGUCCUGGCUCUGCGUGCUCCUCCUAGAAGUGACAUGGCUCUGUCUUACUUUUCUGCUUCCUGUUCCUGACUGCCCCACGGGUUAUCUGGGUCCAGGAGGAAUAGGGGACAUGGGUCUUUAUGCUAACUGCACCGGAGGAGCUGCUGGAUAUAUUGACCGCUGGCUGCUGGGAGUGAAACACAUCUAUCAGACUCCCUCUUCACGGGUUAUCUAUGCAACACAAAUGCCUUUUGAUCCUGAGGGUGUUCUGGGCAGCAUCAACUCUAUACUCAUGACUUAUCUUGGAUUACAGGCAGGAAAAAUAAUCCUCCACUACAGGGAUCUGCACACAAGCAUAAUGUCAAGGUUUCUUAUCUGGGGUCUGUUCUUGGGAGUCAUAUCAGCGAUCCUCACCAGAUGCUCCAAAGACGGGGGUUUUAUUCCCGUCAAUAAGAAUCUGUGGUCCCUGUCUUAUGUGACUACUUUGGCCUGUUUUGCCUUCGUGCUGCUUGUGCUCGUUUACUACGUCGUCGAUGUGAGAAAGUGGUGGUCUGGUGCACCUUUUUACUAUCCUGGUAUGAACUCCAUCCUCGUGUACGUGGGUCAUGAAGUCUUUGAGCAGUACUUUCCCUUCCGUUGGCAAAUGGUCAACAUCCAAUCUCACGCUGAACAUCUCGCACAAAAUGUAGUGGCCACGUCUUGUUGGGUCUUUAUCUCCUACGUACUGUACAGGAAAAAGAUCUUCUGGAAGAUAUGACCCUGACAGCGACUUCGAAUAACCAUGUUUACAGUGGGAUUGUACCAAAAAGAGCGCAUUUUUCUAACUGUGGUUCGGUACAAUUACAGUAUUUUCGGUGUAAAUCUCUCAGUCGUCCAGGUCUGAUCCGUUGUAAAAGAAAAAUAUAAAAUGUGUCAACUGGACAAAAGUAUUUUCGUGCGACUGUGGAGUUUCACUUGUUAAGAAACGUAAUUCUCACUCAGGAAAAAGACUGAUGAAUGAAGUCAUCCUCUGUGUUGUUUGUGUGAAGUACGUAGUUUUCUCAUAUUAUCAUGUUGUAUAUUCAGAAUCACACGUCAGAUCUUUGUAAACUCAUGAAACCUCUUUCCUAUGUCACCAGUGCCAAAUAAUGCAGUAAGCACUAACUCUAAAGCAGUAUCCAAAUGCUGGUAUAUUUUUUAUUUUGUAGAUCUAUACAUUUAUGUUAUUUUAUACAGUUUUAAUUGUUACAUAUUGUUUAUACGCUGCUGUCCAUAAUUAAAGGACGUCUUCUUGGUG